AUGCCUUAUCCCCAUACACAAGCUACCCAUAAUAUACCCACGAUAGACUAUACACACAAUAACACCGCGAACCCAAAACCACAAGACACGACAACCACCCCUGACCACUGGAACAAGCCGCAGCUAACAUCGCAAACGCAACUCAGACGCACCCAAGACGAUGCAACUGACCACAGAGACCAAGCGAAACACACACAAGCAAACAACAAAACGGUCCUGACGUCUAACGGAGAACACACACCCAACACUCAGACUAUAGUACAAAGAAAGGCUUGUGCCACUCUUUCUUGUGUGACACUCUAG